GAGGGUGUGUCUAGGCUCUGGAAUGUGUUGUUGCUGGCCCCGCCCCAGCCUUGCGUCAGCGGCAGCCGCAGGGCAGGGGCGGGGCUAAGGAGAGAGCGCGCCCAGAGGAAGGGGCGGGGCUGUCGCCCGGGUCAACAGGCGCAGAGCUGCUACGGGGGCUUCUAGUCUGUUCCUGCAGGGACCUGCAGGGGGCGCGCGGCGGAGGAGAAAGCGCGUGGUCCGCGGCGACCAGGGCUACGACCAAGGCAGAAGUGCACGAGGUCCACAGUCAUCAGGACCAGGAGUAACAGGCUGUAGAGGCUCAGCGCUAGGAGCCGGCCUGUGCCCCUGUGGAAAAGGGGAGCGUAUCAGGGGCCUGUAGACUUGAUGCUCCAGACUGUAGGUUACAGACCCUAUGAAAAUUGGGACCCCCUUCCUGUAUAAAUGAAGACAUGCAUGCACACAAAUAUUCCCAUACAAAUUCAGGGGCUUACCGGUACCCUGAACACAUCUACAGGUAGCUUCAGGAUUUAAAACCCCUAUCGAGGGGAUGGAAAACCUGGCGGCAUAGUGGCUAAGAGCUAGGACUGUUGACCAAAAGGUCACCAGCUGGAAUCCACCAGGAGCUCCUUGGAAACUCUAUGGGCAGUUCUACUCUGACCUGUAGGGUCACUAUAAGUCGAAUCUACUCGAUGGCAACAGGUUUGCUGGUUGGUUGGUUAUCGGGCGGAUUAACCAGUAAGCAGGGUAUGCACCGGCUUGCAUAGAGCAAGGUACACACAAGUUUAAUUGUAUUUAUUUGCUAAGCAGUAGUGAGCAAUUUCAUAUGUGUUUCACCACAUCUUGACGUGGUGGGGGACAGGUGAAAUUGUGCACCACAGAUUGGUGGGAAAACACAAUUGGGCCCAUGCUGUACCUUGCUUAUAUGGGUAAUCCGGCCCUUCCUACUAUAAAGUGUGUAAUCCAUGGGCUACAAGAUCCUCUCAGGCUUAACCCUUCACCCAAAACACACCAUGGCUUCCAGUUAUCCACUUCACAGCCCCUGAACAUUUUCUUCAUAUAAUUUCUGUUUAAUGUCCAUUCCUCCACUAGUCUGUAAGCUACAGUCCUUCAUCUGGAAUUUAGGAACAGAACCCCAGAUCCUGGAACACGCUGUUAGUGUCCCAGUGGCUCUUCGGCUGUUUCACCGCUGGAGCUCUCACCUGAGAAUGGGAGGGGGCCGAAGGGUGGACACAUUGACCUGGUACAGGGCCUCAAACUCAGCCUGGGUGCAGCAGGAGGCCCCUGCAGCCUGCAGAUGGCAGCAGUAGGCUUCCUCUGGAGUAUCAGAAAGCCGAGGACAGAAGAAACCCGUGUAGUGGCGGCCAUCGGCGUCCCAGGUGGUCUGGCACAAGUGGGGGUGGUGGGCCAAUGCUGAAAUGAGGGGCGAAGGGGCUGGAGACAGGCAGGAGAGAUCUGCCCACAUCCCACCCCACCUGUUCCUGAGAAUGAAAGGGAUCAGCCAGUCCCAGAGGGGCAGGCUCCCUUCCUCACCUCCCUAACGGCUCCCCAGAGUAACCCAUGCAUCUGCUGAGAGUAGAGGACGUUUAGGGUGGGGUGGGGUGGGCGGUGAGGUGGAAAGUACUGUACCUGAGAGAGAGGUCGGCUGGGCAAGGGUCACCCAGCUGAAGAGCAGUGGUAGCCCCACAGACAGGCCUGUCAGCAGGGGGCCCAGCUUUCUCUGGAAGCCCAUGUGAAGUCACUUCCACCUCAGCCCUGGUCCUAGAAACCUCAACAUCUCUCUUUCUAAGUCAUGACUGCAGACAGUAAGGAAAUAAAAAUUAAACCCGAGGUCCUGAGGCACCAUUAACGCAAACCUGAAGCUUCUCUGUCACUGGCCUCAAAAGAGAGAAGAAAGGGACUGAGUUUCUAUCCCUCUUUGGAAAAUGUGGGGACUGUGGCUCCAAGCUGCUUACAGCUUUUUGAGCUGAAAGAGAAAAGGCUGAGAAGACUAGAGGACAGAAUGAAGGACUAGAGAAAAGUUGAGCCAUUAGUCUGAAGAACAGACAUGGAUUUACAGCUGUUUCUUUCCACUCACUUUCCAACUUAAAGGCUACUGUGGAAGUCCUGGGGAUUCUGACCAUUCCAUUUCAAGCCCCAGAGACUGGCAUUUGGAACUUCCCUUUCUAAACUCCACAACCAAGACUAAGUGAAAUCCAUGGAUGAGUCCUUUUUGGUAACUUUUCCUCUGAGCCAUCACCUGCCCCAGCUACGGCCAAAGCGCAAAAGCUACCUGUCUGGUUGUAGUACACUUAGCAGUUAGCCAAUCCACCUCACAGGGAAGCUUGAAGCUUGUGUGUGUGUGUGGUGGUGGGGGGAGGGAGGAAAGGGUUCUCUAGGGCUCUCUUACCCUUCAUACUGCAUAGUUGCCAUCCACUGAUGCAGAGAAUUUCUUCAGAAAGCCUGAGGCCACAGCCAGCAACUUUAAGUGUUGUUUCGAUGUCUACCCCAGCCUGACAACACAUGCUCCCAGAACAGCAGUGACAACACUCACCACCCCAGGGGCCCACAGCAGGUGCCUGGGGAUUGAAAUAGGCGUCCUAUGGCACAAGAAAGCAAUGUAAAUUUCAUUCUAGCAACUGAGAGCAAAGAAAACAGUUCCUGCAGAAAUAGCACUGCUCACUGAGAGCCUAAAUCUGAAGCAAUUAGGCAGGGCUCCCAGUGUAGUUUCUAACUUCCCUAGGGUCUCAUGGGCCCAAAGAUGAGGUUCUGUGCCCAUAGCAACCAGGCCCAUGUCUUGUAGGGAGAACUAUGAUCAGCUGAAUUGAGAAUUUUCUGAGCACCGACAGGUUAAAGAUUGUCUUUUCAUGGGGGGAGAGGCCCCUCCUGGGAGAAGCUGUCUCUGACCCCAGGCUAGGUGAAAUGCCCUUUCACUGGGGCACCAGAGGCCCCUGCAACUUCCUGCCCUAAACUCAGCUUCACUGUGUGUGUUACUGUCUGUGGGCAGACUGUGGACUCCCUGAGAGCCAGGCCAUGUCUGUCUUGUACCCCCAGCACCCAGCAAAAUGCACUGAAUCAGGGCCUGCAAUACAGAGGGCAGCUCCCCAUACCAGUUGCUUAUUGUGCCCUUGAUGUUGUUGCCAGGUGCAAACCCCCAGGUUUUGCUCGGUGUGACUUGUUACAGCCAAUAAACAAGAGGCCGAGGUGGGAGAUCAGAAAGACGCCUUCAUUUCAUUGUACAAGGAAAGAAGCAAUCCAGGCUGCUGCUUCCAAGACUGAUCUUAGGCAGCUUAGGGGAGCUGGGCUUUUACAGAGAGCAGGCAAGGAAAUGCAAAUUCAUUGUAAUAUUUGGGAUUGACCUUCAGGUAGGCACUCAGAGUCUGGGGAUGACUAUGCAUUUUCUUUAGACAAGGGUUCGAUCUCCCAGGAUGGAGGAAGAGGUUGGUUUUCUUUCCAUUAGGAGGUUAAGUCUCCACCCAGAGGCCGGCUGAGGCCAUCUGUGGUGGCCCAUUCUGUGGUUAUCUUGUGAAGGACAAUUUUAGAAGAAUGUGCAGCUUAUUCUCCUCGGUGUAGGAGGGUAAGCCAGAGCAGGUGUCUCUCAGAAAGGUUGGGGUCUGAGGCUGCCUGCCUCAAAGUUAUCCCUUGGGAAGGGCCUGGAGCAGGAAGCCCUCUAGGUCAGGCCCGGUUGCAGCUAGCUGGAGUAAGGGAUUCCGCAGUCCCUCGGGCCUCCGCGGCACCAGGGGGCGCUGUGGACGCUCCUGCUGGGCUCACCUGCUGCCCCGGCCACAGCCACCCGCACGACCCGUUCGAUGGACUCCGAAGUGGCACAGCUAAUGGAGGCUGCCGACUUCGCGGCUCGCAAGCACCGACAGCAGCGGCGGAAGGACCCCGAAGAGACGCCCUACAUCAAUCACCCCAUCGGUGUGGCUCGGAUCCUGACCCAUGAGGCGGGAAUCACUGAUAUUGUGGUGUUACAGGCAGCCCUGCUCCAUGACACGGUGGAGGACACAGACACUACCCUGGAUGAAGUGGAGCUGCACUUUGGGGCACAAGUGCGGCGCCUGGUGGAGGAGGUGACAGAUGACAAGACUCUGCCCAAGCUGGAGAGAAAGCGGCUGCAGGUGGAGCAGGCUCCCCACAGCAGCCCCGGGGCUAAACUGGUGAAGCUGGCAGACAAGCUGUACAAUCUGAGGGACCUGAAUCGCUGCACCCCAAAGGGAUGGUCAGAACAUCGAGUUCAAGAAUACUUCCAGUGGGCAGUGCAGGUGGUGAGGGGGCUUCAGGGAACAAACCGGCAACUAGAAGAAGCUCUAAAGCAGCUGUUUGAGGACCGGGGGCUGACACUCUGAGCGGUGCUUGGAGCCUUCGGGUAGCACAGACUCCAGCCUUGCCCAGGCCAGGGGAGGAUUCAUACCCCAGCGUUUUACUUCCACCUGAGCACCUGAUUAGUUUAGUCCAGGUAUCAGACAGACUAAAAACACUUGCUUUUUCUCACUCUGAAGGUCUCCCCCCAGAGCCAGGAUUAUGGGAAUUGAAUGCACCCCAUCCAUUUCUCACUCCCUUUCACCAGGCCCUGGCUCUGUCUGCUGUUAUGUAUGGUGGGAUCUCUGGCCCCCUGGGGACUUGGGCUUAUAAGUCGUAAUAGAAAAUAAAGCAUUUUAGGUAAAGGUUCGAAUUGCUGCUGCUCCUUCUCGGGCCUCCUGAGUGGGAAAGCAGUAGGUAGAAUGCUGGCCAAGACUGCGGGCUUCAGCAAGGGAGGGUCCAGUUGUGUGCCCUCUGUACAGGUCCUUCAGGCUGAGGGCCUCGGCCCCUUCGAACCUGGGUUCCUUAUCAGUGAGAUGGGUUGUGUAAUUAUCUGGGUUAGAUUAUGUGGCGUCUGACAUAUAGAAACCCUAGUGGUAUAGUUGUUAAGAGCUACGGCUGCUAACCAACAGGUCAGCAGUUUGAAUCCACCAGGUGCUCCUUGGUAAAUCCUAUGGGGAAGUUCUGCCCUGUCCUACAGGGUCGCUUUGAGUCAGAAUUGACUCGAUGGCAAUGGGUUUAGUUUUUUUUUUUUUUGGUUUUGACAUAUGGAUGCUCAAGAAAUGGAAGGGAUCACAAAUGUAUUGAAAAAAGAGUGCCUCUCGCUAACUGGCAAACCUUGCUGGCACUGGAGGGACUCAGUAGCAAUAUGAAAGGACCAGGAGGGGGCUGCGGGUACCAUACCCUAGACCGGAACGGAAACUUCAGGCAGUUCGCAGCCCACUCAAGGCCUUAGUACCCCGUUGCAGUCGACUCGAUUCCAAAGCGUUAUUAGACUGUGGGAAUCCUUCGGUUGCUAAGCGACAGGAGCUUCCGGGCGUCCCUGGAAGUGUCCCUGGGACAGCGGCUGGAGGCGGAAGCGGUAGAGUUCCCCUGGCGCCGGGCUGGAGUAAUCUCCGGGCGAUGGUUUUUGAUCGCUGUUGAGCUGUGGAGGCUUCUUGAAGCGCCAUGAAAAGAGAACAUCUGGGGGACGAGGAAUUUGUUAGGUCAAAGGCCACUUUUUCUGGGGCUGCAAUGAGUUUUUGCCCAAAAGAGGUCCCACUACAGGGUCUUUGUGAAGGUGAAAAGCAACACAAAAGUUGACUAUAAAAAACGAGUUUCAACAUGGUCCCAGAUAAACGAAUAAAUGAAGCUUUGUGUAAUUCUCUUCAGCCAGACCAGGAUGUGGUACGUUUUGGAGAAAAAAAAAAAUUCUUUAGUUUUGCAGAUGUCGGAUUACAGCAAUCUUUACUUUCAUCCUUACACUUUUUAUUUACCUAAGUUUUUGAAUAGUUUUUAAGUUUAAAGUUUCAGAACAUUAACAUUGACUCCCCCGCCCCGUCUGCCUUUAGAAUGUAAAGAUAAAAAGAUUUUCAUAAGGUGCUGGAUGUUUUUACAAAACCUUUUCACCUGUUAUCUCUUCUCUUGAAUAACCUGGUGAGAUAGGCAGGGUAGAACUAUUCUCAUUUUACAGAGAAGAAAUACAAAGGUCAGAAAAGUGAGAAGACUUGCACAUGGCCGAAUAGAUCAAGAGUGGCAGAACCAGGACCAGAAUCCACGCCUCUUGACUCCCUCUCUACACACUGUUGGUCCUUUUUGAUCAGAGAAGAGUGACCAGACUUGAAGUCAGCUCCAAGCACUGGACAUUGUAAAUAAAGAUCAGGUCUGAUUUGGCUUGUGGAUCUGGGUUAUGAGUCUGAGACUUCGUUAGUUAAUCUGCUCUUGACCUGAGCCAGGAUAUUAUUUUUUAAUUCAGUAAUUUUCUGAACAAUCAUAAACUUACAGAAAAGUUAGAGGUAACAGUACAAAUGACUUUUUCCCAUGAAGCAUCUGAGAUUAAGUUACUGAUCUGAUGCUUUAUCACUUCUAAAUAGUGUGUUUUUCCUACAAAGACACUCUCCUAUACAGUAAAACCUGCAAAAGCUGGUACCUGCUUAAGGCAGAAACCUGUCAGAGAAGGAAAAUGCAAGCGUUUUCCUGUAACAGAAUGAUAGAAAAGUGGUAAAGACUGCACCUUGUCAAAGGCAGGAAACUUCUGAGACCCAGAAAAACAAGGCAGUCCUGUCAAGUUCCAGCUCUCCCAGGUUUCACUGUAUAACCAAACUACAACCACCACCAUCAGAUUAACUAUACGUUACUAAAUCUGUGAUGAUAGGGCACUUCACAACCUACACAUAUCCUGGUUCCAACUUGCCGAACAAUCUGUCUUGGAAGAAGUACAACGAGAACGCUCCUUAGAAGCAAGGAUGGGAAGACUGCAUCUUACAUACUUUGGACGUGUUGUCAAGGAGGAUCAGUCCCUAGAGAAGGACAUCACGCAUGGCAAUGUACAGGGUCAGCAGAAAAGAAGAAGACCCUCAAUGAGGUGGAUUAACACUGUGGCUGCAACAGUGCACUCAAGCAUAACAAUGAUUUUAAGGGUGGCACAGGACUGGGCAGUGUUUCUUUCUGUUGUGCGCAGGGUCACUAUGAGUCGAAACCGACUCCACGGCACCUAACAACAACUGGCCAUACAACUUGUCCUUCUCCAUAGAAACUUGAUAGUUAAGUGGAUGAAAGGCUGCAGGGAGAGACAGAAUUCUAUUUCCAGUGGUUGAAUCUGCAUCUGCAUUAUGUCCUGGCUCUGAUUAUAGCCCUAGAACUGAGGUUUUGACGGUAAGGGUUGCUACUUGUCUUAGAUAGUAGGUCCACUUCCAAACUGUGUGUGCAAAACAAUCACCUGGGGAGCUUGUUAAAAAUGCACAUUCCUUGGCUCCUACUCCCAGGAAUUGGUUCAAUGGAUUGUGCCUCGGAAUCUUUUUUUUUUUUUUCACCCUAAGUAGUAAAACAAGGUUUUGUUUCUUGCUCAUGUUACACGCCAGCCUCAGGGCAGCUGUGGUCCAUAUAUCUCCAGCAUCCAGGCUGAAGGAGCAGUCCUCUUCGGGAUAGGACAGAGAUCUGUAGUUUCAACAAGCAAUUCUCGCCAUCUUGAACACAUUGAGCAAUGCUGCCUUAAGUAGUUCUCAAAGGCUCAUAUGCAGGAUGAAAACAGCACUGUGCUUUCUGGCAGAUGAAUGAUUUCACUGUACAUCUAAGACCUCCAAAGAUAAUAUCCUUUGUUCUGCUAAUUUCCUAGGGGCUCAGAGAUUCUCCCCUAUCGUUUAAUUCCAAGUUAUACCGGCAGAUAACACCUGCUAUGAUAAAGGUGGACAUCACCCUUGGUAAAGUAGAGGGUCAGCGAAAAAGAAGACCCUCAAAGAGACGGACUGACACGAUGGCUACGACAACAGACUCACGCAUAACAACAGUCAUGAGGAUGACACAGGAUGGGGCUGUUCUGUUGUGCACAGGGUCACUACGCGUUGGCACCUAACAAAAACAACAUGAUGUAAUUGUAGCCCUGGUAGUGUAGCGGUUUAGAGCUCAGCUGCUGACCAAAAAGAUUGGCAGUUUGAAUCCACCAGGCGCUCCUUGGAAACCCUAUAGGGCAGUUCUACUGGGUUGCCAUGAGUCAGAAUCGACUCUACAGCAAUGGGUUGGUUUUUUGUUUUAUGUGAUGUAAUUGAUUAGCAUCCUUUACUAAUAUGAUUAGAGCUCACAUUUGUUGAGAUCUUAUAUGUACCAAAAAGGAGCCCUGGUGGCACAGUGGUUAAAGUGCUUGGCUGCUAAAUGAAAGGUCAGUGGUUUGAAUGAAUUCCUACUCUGUGGGAAAAAGGUGUGGCAAUCUGUUUCCGUAAAGAUUUACAGCCUUGGAAACCCUAUGGGGCAGUUCUACUCUGUCCUAUACGGUCACUACGAGUUGGAAUUGACUUCGCAGCAAUGGGUUUUGUUUGGUAUAUGUACCAGGCACUAUGCUAAGCACUUCAUAUUAGACACAGUUGAGAACGCAGACUUUACAGGUUUAGUAUCAUGCCUAAGGUCAUACAACAAGUGGAGAAACUAGAAUCUGAGCCCCGCAACAGGCCUGGAUGGCCUGGAAGAACUCAGCUGUGUCACCCUUGAAUCUUUAGGCAGCUAGCUGGCAGGCCCCAGGGACUUCCUCUAAAGGCCCCAAAGCAAGCUUUUCCCCUGAAGCGAUUGUAACCACUGAUUUAUAUGCUGCAGAUGUUUUCUCCAAAUCUGUUGUGUCUUAACCUUGAUGUUUUCCAUCAUACAGGAACUUUCAAUAUUUUUUUGAUGGUAAAAUCUGUUUUAUCUUUUCCCCUAUGUCUUUUAGGCUUCUUGUUACUUUUUAGAAAAGACUUCCCCACACCAAAGGUAUAAAGAUAGCCUAUGUUUUCUUCAGUAAUUUUGUAGUUUUAUUUUUUUCCACCUAGAAUUUUUGUCUAAGCUAUGAGGUAGAGCUCUAUUACUUUAAUAGACAGCCAGUUGUCUCAGAGUACUAUUUAUUAAAUAAUCCAUUUUUGCCCCAUUGGAACUACCACUUUUAUCAUAAACUAAAUUCUUGUACACCUGGGUCUGUUUCUGGAUCCUGUUUUGUUCCAUCAGGUGGUCUAUCUGAGCCCACUCCAGUUCCAUACUGAUUUAACCCAUGGUUUUUCUUUUUUAGCUGCAUAGUCCUUCUGGAAAACUGGCAAAGAAGUAUCUUAUCCCACCUCCCCAACUCACCAGCAUCUUUCAGAACUGUCUUAGUAUUCUCACACACUUCCUCUUCCAAAUGAACUUCAGAACCUUUCAAAUUCCAAAAAGUAUCCAUUCUCACUGGAAUUACACUGAAUUUAUGGGUUGAUUUGUGGAGAAACAAAAUCUUUACAAGAGCAUGAUAUGCAUUUCAUUUGGGUCGACUUACACAAUGCUUAUAUUAGUCUUCAGCUGAUUUGCUUAGAUUUUAUAGGUAGGCACUUCUAUCAUCUGCAAAUAAUGACAAUGGUAACCCCUCAUCACCCUCAGGGCGAGCAGUGCCCUGGUUGGUUUCUGACUUCACUGGGCAUGUCUGUGGUGUCUGACUCUAGGAU